UCUCUAAUCUCAAUUAAUUAAUCUCUUAAUCCCAACCCUUAAUCACCCGACAAGAUUCCUCAUUACCACCUCAAACCUCUCUGUCUUCCCAACCCAGUCUCUACUCUAGUCUUCUAUUUCCACUUAGAUUUCCUAUAUCUCUUUUAAUUAGCAUCUAAAUAAUCCCAUUUCUUUUUCACUAAUACAACUAAAACCACAGCACAAACUAUAUAUAUUUAUUACUUCCAAAUCACUAAAAUCUCCCUUUUUGAUCUUCUUCUUCUUCUUCUUCUUGCACUCUGAAAUGCUCAAGCUUUUUAGGGUUUAGCUCAUCCUCUCUCCCUUGUUAUCUGGUACAUCACAAAGCUCAAUAAUUUUUUCUUCCAAUUGAAUCAAUCAAUCUCAAAGAGUAGAUUACCAUUUGAGGUGUUGUCAAUUGUGAAGCUGCUGCUGCUCACAUUCCGAUCAUCUUUUUCAGAUCGUGAAAGUUCAAAGUUAACUAAAAGAUGGCUGCUGAGCUUGUCAAUUCUGCAACAAGUGAGAAACUGACUGAAAUGGAUUGGACCAAGAAUAUUCAAAUCUGUGAAUUAGUUGCUCAUGAUAAUAGACAAGCUAGAGAUGUCAUUAAAGCUAUCAAGAAACGUCUGGGGAGUAAAAAUGCUGAUUCUCAACUUUACGCAGUUAUGUUGCUGGAGAUGUUGAUGAACAAUAUCGGAGAACAAAUUCAUAAGCAAGUGAUCGAUGUUGGGGUUCUUCACAGUCUAGUGAAGAUAGUCAAGAAAAAGUCGGACUUACCAGUGAGGGAGCGCAUUUUUCUACUGCUAGAUGCAACACAGACAUCCCUUGGCGGUGCUUCUGGAAAAUUCCCGCAGUAUUAUACUGCUUAUUACGACUUGGUGAGUGCUGGAAUACAGUUCCCUCAAAGGCCUCCUCCAGUACCUUCAAAUCGCCUAGUACCAGAACCAGCUAAGAAUAAUUUACCUAACAGGGAUGAAGGGGUUGCUCCACGAGUGGAGCCAUGUGUUGUUCCUGAAUCUAGUAUUAUCCAGAAGGCUGCUAAUGCACUGGAGGUUUUGAAAGAGGUCCUUGAUGCAGUUGAUAGUCAGCAUCCAGAGGGGGCAAAAGACGAAUUCACCCUUGAUCUUGUGGAGCAAUGUUCAUUCCAAAAGGAAAAAGUUAUGCAUCUUGUGAUGACUUCUCGGAAUGAGAAGGUGGUUUCUCAAGCUAUCGAAUUAAAUGAGAAGCUCCAGAAGGUUCUUACAAGACAUGAUACCCUUCUUUCUUGCAAGCCUACAUCAACCAUAAACCAUCUUGUUGAAGAAACGGGAGAGGAGGAAGAAGAAGAGCCAGAACAGCUUGUUCGAAGGCUACGGAAAGGAAAAGCUUGUGUGAGGCCCGAGGAUGAAGAGCGGUCGGCUGAGCGUCCCAACUUGGGUUUGCUUGGAUUAUCCAAUCCUGGAGAAAGGCUCAACCGUCCACUUAUACGACCACUUUGCUUGGAGCCAUCACCUGAAUCAAAUGGACAUCAUCCACCUGUUGCUAUUCCACCCCCACCUGCCAAGCACAUUGAGAGGGAAAGAUACUUCCAGGAAACCAAAGUGGAUGGCUCUAGUUUGGCUGGCCACGUCAGAGGCCUCUCAUUACACAGUCGCAAUGCAAGUAGCUCUCUCAGUGGAAGCAUGGAUUUGAGUGACUGACUGUCUUACUAAGGGGUCAUGUCUUGUGUGCUUAGUCUGUUUCAUUGUUCUUUAGCAGUUGAUAUGGUGUCGGCUUCAGAUUGGGUAGUUCUAUUGGUGUUGUGGACAAGUUGGAAAUAUGCUGAAGCUUCUGUAUUAGAGUCAUGCUUCAUAUGUGAUCUUGUGUCCUGACCUCAGGUUUUGUGUUUCUAAGCUUGACCCUUUUAUAUAUGAUAGAUGACUGUACAGAGAAUUUAAGAGGCUAAUUUUAUUCAAUUUAUUUGACACAAUGUCUGUGUUUUGCAUUUGGGCAAUGACUCCCAAAAUCUGUAUCAAGUGAGUUCUAAUCAUCCCAUAUAAAGAUCAAAUCAAGUCUCUUCUCAAUCUCCAACAGAUUAAGUUGGAGCAAGAGCCAACAUUGAAGCC